GGCGGGCACGCAGCUCUUGUGCGCCGGCGGUGCGGCAGCCUGGAAAUACCACUGUCUGCAGCGCUGCACGCUCUCUCUGCGGAUGCGCCCUGGCAGCGCACACAAGCAGCGGCUUUGGAGGCCCACGAGCGCUGGCGUGGUGCAGACGCGUGAUGGGACAGUGAUAGGCGGGCGAGCGGUAGGGCAGGCGAGGUGGUGCAGGGUGAUUGGAAGAGGAUUGAAAGACGCAGAUUGGCCUGCGAGCGAGGGGGCAGGACCGCCGUUUAUCAUCAUUCGCCUGCGCCGCCGCUUAUUUCAGGGUUGCCGCCCAAUAGCACCGACCCUUGGCUCGCGAAGGCCUUCCGGCCGCCCCAGCCAUCGCGCUCCCGGCGCGCACAUCAUCCACCGUGCCUCUGCCAUCCGCCCUGCUACGGUAUGUCCAGGAUGCGUGCGCUCCGCCGUCUUUCAAGUUUCCACCCAGCGCCGCGUCCGCAGAAGAGGGCGGGUUGCGCGAGGGCGCGAGGGCAUCCGGCGCGCGCCGUCGACUCCGCGGGCGCGAUGACGGCCGGCCCAAGCGGUGUAGGCUGGGCUUGACGUGGUCGCCCGCUCGCUUCCACCUGCCACCGCUCCGCUGCGCUCCGUCCACCAGCCAGCCCGGAGCCUCCCAGGUCGAGCGACGAGCGACGAGCGACGAGCGACGAGCGACGAGCGACGAGCGACGAGCGUCCGGACAGUGGACACCAUCGCACCUUGCACGCCCCCAGCCGCGGACAGAAAUUCGCAGCUGCAGACAAAUCACAGUCGCACGUCGCGGCCGAAUUACGGGCGGCUAGCCAACGUGAUCAAGCACAUUUUCUGGCAGCUGCCCCGCGCCCCGGUCGCCGCCG